GCCAGCGUUGAUAGUAAGAAACUGGUGCUGUGUGUGACUCGCGCCUGCUUUAAGUCCAUUAAGUCGCCGUUAAGUCCUGCGAGCCCAAAGAAGAACCGCAUCCAUCUAGCUCCUCCGGACGAUGGACGCGCGCCGGAGAGCGCUUACACGGGACACGACCCGAGCCUCCUGCGGCAAACUCGUCCGACCAGAAGCCGCGCCGACUUAUAAUUGAUGCUAAUUCCGAGCGCUGCGACCAGUUGGCGCACAAAGUAAGCUGCUCUAAGCUGCUGCUGCUUCUGCUGCUGCUGGUGCUGGUGCCGCCGGGCAGCUCUUCGGCUCGGGCCUGCACUUCGUCGAGCCUCUCCGGGCACCAUGGAGACACGCGCCACCGCGCUGCUCGUCACGGCCAACGUCGGCUCGCUCUUUGAUAACGUGGGUGAAAUCCAAAGUGAAUGGCUGAGAGAACUGUAUCGGACCAUCCACAGCUACAAGCCUCAGUUCAUUGCCAUGCACUUCCAGGAGGUGGGAGGGAAGGAGUACAUGGCCAACAUGGGUCAUGCUGAGGAGUUCUUCAGGAGCAUCUGGUCCGGGGAUGAAAUGGCGGACUAUGACCGAGCUCGCAUCUAUGUGGACAACCAGUUCAAGGCAGAGGAAACGUUCACGGCUUUGGGGAGCAUGUACUGCAUCCACAGGACACUACAGAAUGUCUCCCAGUAUGAUUUUAAAGAUAAAGCUUUCAAAGCAGUGUCUGGACGGAAUCAGCACGUGGGCUCGCUGGACGGCGUCAACUCAGUGGAAAAGGAGAAAUUCCCAAAGAAUUUCUGGCCUGAUUUCAAGUGGUCCAGGAAGGGCUACAUGAGGACCCGCUGGAUCAUACACGACCAAGGCCUGGACCUGGUCAAUGUCCAUCUGUUCCACGAUGCCUCCAACCUUGUUGCCUGCAACUCCAGUCCUUCGAUUUACUCUGCCAACCGCAAGAAUGCCCUGACACAUGUCAUCAACAGAAUAUCUGACCAGCGCUUCGCUCCUCUGCCUUUCUUCCUGUUUGGAGAUUUUAACUUCCGGCUGGAUGCAUCGAGUCUGGUUCAGCAUCUGUCUACCUCAGCAGACGUGCAGACGGUGAAGAAGGACAGCAGUAACCAAGUGGAGAGAAUCGUCUGUGAGGAGAAAGACAACGACCGGAAGGUUCUGCUCCAGAUCGAGGAGAAGCUCUUUGCCUACCUGCACCAGGCUGUGUUCAGGGAGGACAACGGCAAAGCUCUCUUGCAGUUCGACAAAGAAGCGUCGGCCUUCCACGAUGUUGUAGCGGAGGAGGAGAUCAAGUUCCCGCCCAGCUACCCCUACAGUGAGGAACGCACUAAGCCCACCCAGUACAUGAACACCCGCUGCCCGGCCUGGUGCGACCGCGUGCUCAUGUCGCACUCCGCACGACAACUCAUCCAGAAGCAGAACAGAGGAGGCGAGGAGAAGACUGUGGAGUACAACACCGUGGGUCCAAACGUCUGCAUGGGCGAUCACAAGCCAGUCUACUUGUUCUUCUCCCUGAAGACAAAUGAGCAUUGAGCUGUGCUCCUCUUCAUGGUCGUCCCAACACCCACGGAGCUUCCACACGGCAGUCUGCCUCCUCUUCACACCAAGCAGUGACUUAACUCUCUCGCCGCUUCGUAGGGUCACAAACAAGCGGAGUCACUUGUGGCUGAGCAGGAAAUUGAAAAGUUGCAGUUGAUCUUGAUACUUAAAAUGCUGUCGUUCGAUGACCAACUGUGCGUGUGUAAAGUGUGUGAUAUUGUGUUUGUUUUUUCUGGCUGCUUUCUAAUGUACAAGAAACGGCGACAGUAGAGGUAGACCAAGUUAAUCUCUUUGUUAAAUGUGUGAUUAUUAAGGACGUUUUUAUAGCGAGAGAAAGCGUCUGAGUCCAGUGAUUCUGUGGCUGCUGGAUGGAAGGAUGGAUGCAAACAUUCCUAAACUGUGUUUGACGUCCCCUGAGCCUUGAAUCAAGCUUCUCCUCAGGCAGUCCAGGUUGAAUAGGAGCGUCACCUUCGUUCCUUUUUAACAUGCAGUUUUCCCUCUUAGUCUUGGUUUGUCACUCCUCGUGUUCCUUGUGUAUCAUUGUAACAAGUGCUUUAUCGUCGUCCUUUCUUCUCACCAGCAUCAUCUGCCAAAACAUUGAUCCAUCACUCCAUUCUGAUUUGAUUCUCCAUGUAGCGUGUUGUGAUGCAUUUAUUUUUGUUUUAAUGUGUGAAAAUAAUUCUGAUCCUAUUAUUUAUAUUCACGAUAUGAUGAUGUCAUCAUUAACAGCCACGUUUGCUUCAAACUGAUGUUUACACAGCAGAGUCAGACGGGAAUGAUGAAGACAGCUGUUACUGUGUUGUAAUACUUUGCUUCUGUUAAUAAAACUCACAGCCAUGUGGUAGUUGUG